AUGACCUCACUCCUCAACAAGACGGAUUCGGGUCCUCCGCCGCCUCGCCAGAUCCGUUUCGUUAAUAACCAGGGCCAACCGCCGUCCAAGCGACGAAGAAUCAACGCUGCUUGCUUGACAUGCCGACGAAGGAAAACGAGAUGCGCGGGCGAGCGACCGGUGUGUUCAACAUGCACGAAAAAUGGCCAUCAGUGCCAAGGAUAUCCAGAAGAUAAUCGAAAAGACACCCCCGGCGAAGGGCUUGACGCCGCCAAGCUGUGCACCGAGGAGGAUGAAAUCGCUAUAGAAGAUAUUCCGACCGUGGAAGACUUCAAGAAUGUUGCGCCGAAGAAACCCGAUUCAAUACCGGCGAUUGCUACCGCAAACAAGAAUGGCAACGGUCAUGGCAGCGCUCAUGACCACAACAAGCUUGGCUCUGCAUCUCCAUAUCACAAAAGUGCUGUCGUUCGCAACCCAUCGCCUACUAUCGAACCACCCCAAACAGAUAGAGACAUGCUCAAGCCUCCCGUUUCUCCACCGACUCAUCAUGCUUCUCAUCCCACUGCAAGUACCGACGACAUUCCAAGCUCGCCGACUUUGCGCCGCAACUACAAUCACCGCGUUCCGUAUUUUAGAUACUUUGGCCCAACCGCCAUCGUGCCGGGGUUCAAGCAGAUGGUCGUCUCUGUUCGAGACCGACGCAGGUCCACUGGGGGGUCGCAGUCCGCAACAUCUCCAUUGUCAAACCCGAGCGGUAUCCGUGGAAGCAGUAUCGCCGCAGGUAGUGACACUGUGGUUGAGGACAUGCCGGUUUAUGAUCCUAGCAGCCACCUGCCCGUUCAUCCGCUUAUUGUGGCCUUGGUCAGAACUUUCUUCCAACACCUAGGCUGCAACUACCCUUUCCUAAAACAACCCAAGUUUAUCCAAAUGGUGAUGGAGAAGAGGGUUGAGCCAAUACUGGUGGAUGCUAUCUGCGCAAUUGCGGCAAGAUUUUCCGAUACUUCUCACGUAACCGUUGGGAGCGAGAAAAUGCCUAGGACAGAGAGAGGCCAAGUCUUUGCUCAGCGAGCCAAGCAAGCCACUGUUGAAACCUUUCCGUGUCCAUCGGUUGGAGCAGUUCAAGCAUUGCUUCUUAUGGCUUAUGAAGGUUUUGGGGCGAACCAAGACAGUGCAUUGUGGAUGUACCUUGGGCUUGCGAUUCGAAUGGCAGUCGAUUUGGGUUUGCAAAAACGUGUUGGUAUACAAUAUCAAGGUGAAAAGGAUCCGUGGUAUACCAGACACAGAAGCCGUGGAAAUGGAGAUUCGGAGAGUCCUGAAGACAGAAAGACUAGUGAGUCGGAUGCCCUGAGCCUUGAAGAGCAGAAGGAGGUGGAGCAAGAACGCAUCGACACCUUUUGGGCCGUGUUUUUCUUGGACCGGGUCAUCUCGUCUGGUACUGGGAGACCGGUAACAUUUCGGGAUGACGAUUUUGAGCUACCCUUCCCUGCCGCAAGUGUGGAUGCUGCGACGGGAUGGCCUAUGCCGUUUCCUGUCCUUCUACACAUCAUCCACCUCUAUGGACGCGUUUCUGACGUGCUGAACAAUAUUCGCGACGCCCGCGACCUUACCGAAGACAAAUGGAGCAAGCUGGCCAAAAUGGAGCACGAGGUUACGAAAAUGUACAAGAACUGGGAUACCCGCCUACAAUUCAAUGUCGCCAACUUCAAGGCGUAUUUGCACAAUGGACAAGGGACAACAUUUAUCCUUCUACAUUUUUGGUUUCACGCUCUGUUUAUUGUUCUACACCAGCCAACUCUCUUGACACCAUUUGGGGAACUUCGAACUGAGCACCAGCUUCUCCCUGACAGCCGAGAGCUAAGCAUGAGCAGUGCCAAAACAAUUUGCGACAUUUUGUCAUUUGCAGAUCUCAUAGAUCCAAUUAGCUUCAUUGGUAACCCAUUUACCAGCCAGCCUAUAUAUAUUGCCGCCUGUGCUUUCCUCAUGGAAUCAAGCGCGAAUGCCUCAGAAGGUCCCUCCAGAGAGGGUUCACCCCCGGCCAUGGCGAAACGUUCCACGGCCCAGCCAAAAGCUACAAACACCAAGCACUCGAGACACUCGCUUCUUGCUUCCGCUGCCAACCAAAAUUAUCAGCGAUGUUAUAAUUCGUUACAGCAGAUGCACGCCUACUGGGGAGGUGUUAAGUACAUUCUAACAGCUCUGGACCAAAAGGCAAAAGGAAUCUGGGACUGUGAGACAUACACGCUGGAAGAGUACGAGAGCACAAAGACACCACCUAUUCAGCCUGGCGGUGCUGGCGACUUUGGUCACUUGACACAAGCUUCACCAAAAAUUGGACCUCCGCCCAUUGCUUGGACUUUGGCUGGAACCGCAAACUCACCGAGUUCAAAUUUAACCUUGAUGUAUCAAAGCUCGAAUGGGCUUGUAGUCAGUAAUGGCCCGCCUCCAAAUGUACAAAGCGUCCAGCAACGCCAAGCAAGCACACCGCCAGGAAAUAUGCUUUACGAUCCCAUUAGGCAGAGCAUGCCUGCGGAGCCGGGUAGCAUGUAUCCCCCGGCGGUUCCACCAUCAAAUUUGGGCGGCCCAGUAGCUUCUCCUCGAUGGACGCGGGCGAGGCGACCAUCCACAUUAUCGAACACGGUCGGCCAAACUCCCGCCGUGGCUGCGAACGAUGGCUUUUCUGAUUCCGGGGGUGAAGGAGCAAAAGUGUAUGUGCCCUCUGGGUUUACCCCUGGCAGCCAUCAUUCUGCUGGUUAUGAGACAUACAACGCGUCGCCGGCUAGCAACAUUGCAGAUGGCAACUUGCAAGGCCAAAGUCGUGGGGGCACAACACCGAGUAGCAACGCCUACUACUCACAUAACAUUCCAUAUCAGUCAUCCUGGGGUUUUGGAAAUGGAAACAUGGACGGGAUUACGUUUGACAGUCAAGAUAUCGAUAUUGGUGCCUUGGGUCUGCAGCAACCAGACGUUAUGAGUGGAUGGCUCGAAUAUAUGCCUGGUGACGUACUUGGCUUGUUCGAGAACCACGAUGUGAAUAAUGGACACGGCGGCCAAGGGCGCUAG